AUGGCCAUACAAAACAACCUCAAGGAACUCCGAUCGUGGGUGGAAACGCUGAAACCUUAUUUGCCGCCUCAGUGGCAGUGUGAAGUGCUCCUAAGGCUGGAGUUGCCAGCCAAAGCGCCUCGAAGAGACCCCAUCUUCAAGUUGCCUGGGUCCAAGCCGGCAAAUACGCAAAAAGUGCAAGCUCAAAGUUCGACAUCUGCUACGCCGUUGACACCAAAUAAUGCCGCUACAGCGCAGCUACCUCGUGGUUCCCAGCCGCUAAUGGCAUCCACACAGCUACAGGAACAGCUAGAAGAGCUACUGGAUUUCAGCGAUAACGAGUCUCUCAAACUCAUUGACACACGAGCACUACCACCGUUGGAGCCGAAAAGGAUGGAACACACGCGGCUUCCAGGCAAGCGGCCGUUGGUGGCUCGCAAACAGUCUACUUUGGAAGCGCAUUUACCGAAGAAACCAUCUUCCGUGCAGAAGGCGACGGAAGUCAAGGAUCCCACGUCUCACAUCCCGGCUUCUCUGGACGUUCUGCGUGCGGCCACUAAUAACGACUCCAACGUAGACUUGCUUCAGGCGUACAUCAAGCUUUGCGAGGAGAAGAUCAAUUUGCUAGUGAAGAGACACGCUGUGAGUGAGUCGACUUCCUUAUCACUAGAUGCUAAGAAUCAGUGGGUUUCGAAAAACUUCGCUACAAAAUACAGUAAUGUGGACGCUGAACAGACGAAAAUGCGCUCACAGUUCUCGUUUCUCGGCCCGCAGCUGUCAGAGGAAGACUUCUCAAAGCUUUCAAGCUUCUCUUCGGAAAUACCAGCAACUUCCAUGGGCAUUCCGUCAAGCAUACAAGUGGACUCGCCUCGAAUAGACCCUGACUCGCAAUUGCGAGAUGUCCAUUUCACCUCCUCAAAUCAACGGCAAGCUGUUCAUCGUGAUGAGCUACAGAUUCCAUUCUCUCCUGCUCCCGAAAGCAUACCUAGUCCUGAGCCAAAAUCAGCCGCCAGAGAGCCGAUUCCUGACCCAGAGUCGUCUCCCUUCAAGUUGUCGCCAUUUUCGCCCACUCAAAGGACACAGGCCAACGACUACGAGAAAAACAGAGAAGAAGCACGUCAGAUCAUCAUGGAAGCCAGGAAACGCAAGGAAAACGGCACCGCUCCUCGACAUACUUAUUUUAUCGAUGACGAUGAUGACAUGGAAGAUGACUUUGGCGAAGAGUACAUGGAUGGUUUGAGGUCGUCUCAGGCCGACGAAAGGGACACUGAUCUCAGCGGCUUCAUUGCUCCUGAUGAUGUAGAAUCUAUCGACGAUACGUAUGUUAGUCCGAGAGCUACUCAGAUUGACACCGAUCAAGAGGAUAGUGAAAUCGAUGAUACUAAUUUGCGUCUGCCCCAGAAGGACGAUUUACAAGACGAGCUUGAGAACAUAAAAUUAUCGCAAGAUGUGGCUGAAAGGUACGGAUUGAAAUAUACCCAACAAGAUCGAAAUGGUGAUAGUAAUGAAAUUGAGAUGGUUGAAGUCAGUGACGAGGAAGAAGAAGCAAAUCCAAUGGACUUUACCACGCAACUCAAUGAAGCUCGUGAUGAGAUCGUGGAGAUUCCUUCGGAGGAUGAUAUGGAUGACGAGGAUAUGGCUGCGCUCAACGAACUUUCGCACAAUAAGAUCAAAGUAGAGCCAAACCAAGUGAUUAUCAGCGAUGAAGAUUUCAGCGAUGAUGAUGACGAACUUCUACAACUCUCCAAGUCAGUUGGUAAUGAUAUGAACUCCUCGGGAGCAAAAGCCAUUCCAGGAUCCGAGAAGUUCAUUGGUGAAGUAUACGAUAUCCUUCAAAAGACAUUCAAGCUUCCGAACUUUCGCCCAAAUCAGCUCGAGGCUAUAUGCUCAACAUUGAUUGGUAAAGAUGUGUUUGUUUUGAUUCCCACAGGUGGUGGCAAGUCCUUGUGUUAUCAGCUUCCAGCACUAGUCAAAGGUGGGACGACAAAAGGCACAACGGUCGUCAUCUCACCGUUGAUCUCCUUGAUGCAAGACCAGGUUCAACACUUAUUGGAUAAGAAUAUUCGUGCGGGCAUGAUAAGUUCCAAGGGCACAAGUGAAGAACGUAACGCAACUUUCAAACAGUUGACAUCCGGUCAAUUAGACCUCGUUUACUUAUCACCAGAAAUGGUGAACAACUCUGUCAGGGUUCAGAAAGUACUUUCUAAGCUUUAUGAGACUGAGAUGCUCGCAAGGGUGGUCGUUGACGAGGCUCAUUGCGUCAGUUCAUGGGGUCACGACUUCAGACCCGAUUACAAAGGCAUGAGUAUGUUCAAACAACAGUACCCUGACGUUCCAAUCAUGGCACUUACUGCCACAGCUAACGAAAAAGUUCGACUCGACAUCGUUCAUCAUCUUCGUAUGUCUGACCCAGUAUUGUUAAAACAAAGCUUCAAUCGCACCAAUUUGUUCUAUGAGGUGAAAAGCAAGCCUCCCAACAUUUAUGAUUGGAUGAGAGACUACAUCCAGCGAAACAGGCGUGGUCAAACGGGUAUUAUUUAUUGUCAUUCCAAGCAGUCUUGCGAGACUACCUCACAAAAGCUAAACGAGUUCGGUAUACGCUCCAUGUUUUACCACGCUGGUAUGGAUCCAAAUGAGAGGUUUGAGGUUCAGACAAAAUGGCAAAAGAAUGAUUUGCAAGUCAUCUGUGCCACGAUUGCAUUCGGAAUGGGUAUUGAUAAGCCAGAUGUUCGUUUUGUUAUACAUAUCUACAUCCCCCGUUCCCUAGAGGGGUAUUACCAAGAGACCGGUCGUGCUGGAAGGGAUGGAAAAGAGAGUGAGUGUAUUAUGUUCUACUCCUACAAAGAUGCAAGAAGUCUCCAAAGCUUAAUUCAGAGGGAUGAUAAGUUGGAAGAACCUGCAAGAGAGUCUCAUCUUGCAAAGUUAAAGCAGGUCGUACAGUAUUGCGAAAACAAAGCAGACUGUCGACGCAAACAAGUCCUUCACUUCUUCAAUGAGGAGUUUGAUCCUGCCAAAUGCAACAAGAAGUGCGACAAUUGUUGCAGCGAAACCGUUGCUGUGACGAAGGAUGUAACAGAUCACUGUAUCAAUAUUGUGAAACUUGUUCAAGAGAUUCAAAACGACAAAGUGACUACAAUUCAUUGUCAAGAUGUAUACAGAGGUUCUCGAGGGGGAAAGGUUUUAAAACUUGGGCAUCAUGAGAAUCAGUACCAUGGACUCGGAAGCAGCUUGGAUAGGGGAGCUAUAGAAAGAAUUUUCUUCCAUUUGCAGAGCGAGGGUUGUUUACUAGAGUAUCAAAUAAUGAAAGGUGGCUUCGCGUCUUCAUAUGUCAAGCUUGGGCCGAAUGCUAGAGCUCUCAUGAACGGGCGUAAGAAGAUUCAGCUUAGUUUCGUGAAAGCGGACUCGUCAAACAAAAACGAGAGGGCCAGGCUUGUCGCCACGGGAAACGGAAACGGUUUGCAAGCUUACAAGUAUCAAGACUCGUUUGUUAGUGCACGUCAGAUGAGGAAUGAGGAGCAGGAAAAGGAAAACCUCUACCAGUCCACCAAUGGAAAGAUCUCUCUUCCUCGCAACAACUUCAAUGGGUUGAUAAACGCCAACAACGAGGACGCUGCCGAGCAUGCGUUUCAAGAAUUAAAGAAAAUACGGCACGAGAAGCUGCAAGAGUUACGAUUCGCCAGGCCAAGCUACUUUGUAGAAGACGCUGCUCUCAGAGAGAUGGCAGUCAAAUUACCUACAAAUGCGAGAGACUUUGCCAAGCUUGAGAAUAUCAAGAAAGACCAAGCGCCGUACUUUCAGUAUUUUAAGAAGGUGUUAACUACACUUGCGAGGGAGCGCAAGAAGGCAUCGCAAGAAGCUUCUUCCACUCCGCAAGCUACAUCGCAGUACUUCCCACAAACCCAGAGAAAAAGAACCCAGUCGCAGAAGGGACAGUCUCAGAAAAGACACAAGAGCUCUAAGGGUGCUCUGAGGAGUCAAGGUCCAAAGAAGAGCAACGGCCUUAGUAGCUCAGGUCUCGUGAGACUGAUGCCAAUUUGA